UAGUGGAUCUCGUAGUAGAAAAUAUUUAAAUAGAGAUCAUGCAGCGGCAAACCAAAGACUCAUUGACGACUACUUUGCCAAUGAGCCUACAUAUGGCGAUGCAAUGUUUCGUCGUCGGUACCGGAUGCAAAAGCAUGUUUUCCUUCGAAUCGUUGGAGACCUUUCAAUUACUGAUAACUACUUCACCCAGCGAGUUGAUGCCGCCAACAAAGAAGGUAUAUCACCGUUAGCAAAAUGUACCACAGCAAUGCGAAUGUUAGCAUAUGGCGUGGCAGCAGAUGCGGUCGAUGAAUACAUCAAAAUAGGAGGUACUACAGCAUUGGAGUGCUUACGUAGAUUCUGUAAAGGAAUCAUACGAUUGUAUGAGGAAGUGUACCUGAGAGCACCAAACCAAGAUGACCUUCAAAGAAUACUACAUGUUAGUGAAAUGCGGGGGUUCCCAGGGAUGAUCGGGAGUAUUGACUGCAUGCACUGGGAGUGGAAAAAUUGUCCUAAAGCAUGGGAAGGUCAAUUCACCAGGGGGGAUAAGGGAACCACCACAGUUAUUCUUGAAGCAGUUGCAUCUCAUGAUCUAUGGAUCUGGCAUGCCUUUUUUGGAUGUCCAGGAACGUUGAACGAUAUCAAUGUUCUAGACCGGUCACCGGUGUUUGAUGAUGUGGAACAGGGAAAGGCUCCACGGGUGAAUUUCUUUGUGAAUCAACGUCCCUAUAAUAUGGCAUACUAUCUAGCUGAUGGUAUCUACCCUUCUUAUCCAACUUUCGUCAAAUCAAUUAGACUUCCUCAAAGUGAACCUGAUAAGUUAUUCGCAAAACAUCAGGAGAGCUGUCGGAAGGACAUCGAACGUGCUUUUGGAGUGCUUCAAGCUCGAUUUAAAAUCAUCCGUGAACCAGCUCGCUUGUGGGACAUAGCCGAUUUGGGUAUCAUCAUGAGGUCAUGCAUCAUAUUGCAUAAUAUGAUUGUUGAGGAUGAACGAGAUACAUAUGCUCAACGUUGGACCGAUUUUGAGCAAUCCGAGGGAAGUGGAUCUAGUACAGCACAACCAUACUCGACCGAGGUGUUACCCACUUUUGCAAAUCAUGCGCGUGCUAGAUCCGAGUUGCGUGAUCCAAAUGUUCAUCACGAAUUGAGCUGUGCUAAUCCUAGCGAAAAAAACAUCUCAAACAUGUCACAAACAUUUGAAUCAUUGGAUGGAUGA